AUGUCUUCUUCAGCUGCUCAGAUCGCUCACGCCGCCGUCGAGUACUCCACCUUCGCCUCUCUUCGACUUGGAAGGACGGUUCAGUCUAUUGUUGCUCGCCUAAUCCGGUUCUGGGAUUCACGCAACGUUAAUAAGAACGUCGAGUUUAUGGGGAUUAGGUUGUUACUCCUCGAAGAAAUGGAUUCAGUUAUUCACGCUUUUACCCCUGCGAAUCGGGCAAGUCAUUACCGACCAUCGUUAAAAGCUGGCUGUAUUGUCAGGUUGGAGCGUUUUGAAGUUGCACAGGUUGCCCACAUGUACAAGGUGACGGAGCAUCAGUUCUUGAUCUGUUUCCUUCCGUCUACACGCCUUGGUGAGGUCCACACAGACGCCCCUGUAAUCAAGUCUGAAAGGUUCAUGAUGAGGCGUUAUGACCAACUUCAGGUGCUAGCAAAGCUCCCAGAUGUUGUUGGUGAAAUCCGAUCUGUCCAGGGGUCUGAUCUGAGCAACGAUUCUGCCACCACCAGAGUUGUGGUUCGCUUCUUGAUUGAGCCGAAUGUAACUGUGUACCUAACUUUGUGGGAUGAGGCUGCAUCGACCUUCAGGGACCUCUUGAAAUCAGGGGAUAAAUCCAAGGCUGUAGUGUUGGUAACCACGGUUAAUCCAAAACUCUUUGGAGGUAAUCUGUAUCUAAACUCCACGCAAGGAACAAGUGUCGGAGCUGCAUCAUCUCCAGCUUUUACCUGUGUGGACACUCUAGAAGGAAUCAAGAGGAAGGAACCUGUCUCAAUAGGGGAGCUCAACGCAUUUAUCUCCAACUCCGAUGAGCAGAGAAGUGGGACAUCCCUAAGCUGCAGCAGAUGUGUAACAUCUGACGUAACCGCUGUUGUCAGGUUCCGUGUGGAGCUUGCUGUUGAUGAUGGCAAAGACAGUGCCACAUUUGUUGUUUUCGAUAAGGAAAUGACAAAACUUACAGGAAAGGAAGCCGCUGUUCUUGCCCUGGACGAGGAUCCAAACGGUGAAGGUGAUGAGCUCCCAAGAUGUCUUGAAGAGUUAGCAGGAAAGGAGUUUGUGUUUCAGAUCCGUGUUACGCCCUUCAACUUUACACCCAACCACCGUACAUUCACUGUCUCCACCAUCACUGAGUGCAACACGUUGGAAACCUGUGGAAAGGAGCACGAUGACAACAUCAUUCCAAACCGUGAAGUUGAAGUAACCUUGGCAGCCUCAUCCUCUGGGCAAUCUGUUUUGGGAAACAGGACUGGUGUGGAAUAUGCUGAAGCGAAUCCACCUGAGGUUGAAGGAGCUCAGAAGAAACGCAAGCUUAGCAGUGAGUAG